AUGAAUAAUAGCAAAGUAAUACUGCUUGCAAAGGUUAGUCAUUCUCAAAGCUUAAGAAUUCCACCUUUAAAAGUGUGGAUUCUUGGCAAAUCUGGAGAAGUCAUAACAGCUCACUGCAAUUGUAUGGCAGGUUGCUCUUCAGCAUGUUCACAUGUUGGUGCUGUACUGUUUGCCUUAGAAGUGGGUGUUAGAAUCCGAGAGUCAAAAACAUCCACUGACAGAGUAAAUGAGUGGUUGCCUCCACAUUCAAGAGUUCUUGCUCCUCGUCCAUUAAAGGAAAUAGAUUUCAGUUCAUCAGUUGCAAAGUAUAACCGCAUGACUGAUGUAAAUGCUAACCAAAGUGCAAUCAAAAAGAAAAACAUGAAGGUAACACCUAUGACUGACAGUGAGCUGGAUUCAUUUUUGUCAGAUGUAACAAAAUGUAAUCCACAAGCUUGCAUUUUGGCUGUUACACCUAGAUUUUCUGAUUGCUUUGUUGCAAGUGAGGAUAUACCUUUUCCUUUGAUGUUUGGAAAUCUUUUUAAUCCAUCUCUUGCUAACCUGGACUGGCCUGAGCUGGAAGAAUACUGUUGCAAACUGUUUCAAGAGUUGCAACUUACAGAAGACCAGAUAAAAAACAUAAGUGACUUGACAACAAAGCAAUACAAACAGAAAGUUUGGUAUCAGUAUCGAGCUGGACGCAUAACUGCAUCUAAUAUGAAAGCAGCAUGCCACACAAAUUUAAUUAAUCCAGCAAAGUCACUGAUUAAAAAAAUUUGCUACCCAUUUGAACAUCGAUUCAAAAGUCCCUCGGUAAAAUGGGGAUGUGAUCACGAAAACCAUGCACGAUCAAAAUAUGAAGAAAAACAAGCUAAACUUCAUCGUAAUUUCAUUAUUAAAGAAACAGGGUUUCAUGUGUUACCAUCUCAUCCAUUCAUUGGUGCCUCACCUGAUGGUCUUGUAGACUGCAACUGUUGUGGCCAAGGAAUGGUUGAAGUGAAAUGUCCUUGGUGUCAGCGAGAACAAAAUAUUGAUGAAAAUACGCCCAAUUAUUUAGUUAAGGAGAACGGUAUUUACACAAUUAACAAAUGUAGCAAAUAUUACUACCAAAUGCAAACACAAAUAUUUGUAUGUAAUGUUGAAUAUUGUGACUUUGUAGUUUGGACAGAAAAAAGUUUGCACAUUGAGAGGAUUUAUAGAGACUUUACAUUGUGGAAUAGCAUCAUUGAAAAAGCAAGAAAUUUUUUCAAAUUAUGUAUACUAUCAGAACUGACAGCACAUUGGUAUUCAAAACAAUAGAUUGAAAUUGUACAUAAAGAUUUAUUAAAACAUUACACAGUGUAGACUUGAUUUUAUUCAAACGGCACAACACUAUUACAUAAAUUUAUUAAAGCACAACUAACAUGUACAAUCUUUUCUAUUGAUGUUACA